CCAUCUGCUCUUUCCAUCCAGUGCCGCAGCCGGAAAACCGCAGCGGCGGCGGCGGCGGCGGCGGCGGCGGCGGCUGAAGGGGAGCGACGCGGGCCGGCAUCGGGAGGGGUAGCGGAAAAUACGAGGACCAGCCCGAUAAGGCAGGAGCCGAGGGCCGGUGAUUUGCGGCCUCCUCCAGGCCUCUGCCUCGGGCCAGGAAGCUUCGCCGAGGAGGCGGGCGGCGGCGCCGGGAGCGCCGGGGAAGCGCCGGGCCGCGGGCGGCUCGCGCGCUGCAGCGAUUCUGACGUUUACGGCGGCGGCGGGUCCCGCGGCCCGAGGGGCAGCCGGGAGUGAGGCGGGGCGUGCGCGCUCCGCCAUGGCCGGGACACUGUCCGCGACGUGAUCGUCCAGGCUGCCCCCGCCCGAGCAUUCCGGGCCCUCGCAGCCGCCACCCUCCUCCGAGCCCGUGUGACUAAACGGAGACAAAGGGGAGGCGGCGGGGCAGACCCGGGGCCCGAGCGAGCGCGGGCGGCCCGGCGCCGCCUCACGUCUAUGCCCGGGGCCGCGGCGACUCCCGCGGGCGGCGGCGGCGGGCUCGCGACGAGCACAGCUGAGCUUUUCCGCGCCCGGAGCCCGGGAGGGCCGCGACCGGCGCGGACGAUCUGAACUCCCCUUUCCGUCACACCAUGUGAAGGCUGUUGUCCCGCCAUCCCGACCAGCCGCCGUGAAAGAUGGGGGAUGCUGCAGACCCGCGGGAGAUGAAAAGGACGUUCAUUGUUCCAGCCAUCAAACCCUUUGACCACUAUGACUUCUCCAGGGCCAAAAUCGCCUGCAAUCUGGCCUGGCUGGUGGCCAAAGCCUUUGGGACAGAAAAUGUGCCAGAGGAACUUCAAGAACCAUUUUACACAGAUCAGUAUGACCAGGAGCACAUCAAACCACCUGUUGUUAAUCUGCUUCUGUCAGCCGAGCUGUACUGUCGUGCUGGGAGUCUCAUCCUCAAGAGCGACGCAGCGAAGCCCCUCCUGGGCCAUGAUGCUGUCAUCCAGGCAUUAGCACAGAAAGGCCUUUAUGUCACUGACCAGGAAAAAUUGGUAACUGAACGAGAUCUCCACAAGAAACCCAUACAGAUGAGUGCACAUUUGGCCAUGAUUGAUACUCUAAUGAUGGCUUAUACCGUAGAGAUGGUCAGCAUAGAAAAAGUCAUUGCAUGUGCUCAACAGUAUUCAGCUUUCUUUCAAGCUACAGAUCUGCCCUAUGAUAUUGAGGAUGCUGUCAUGUACUGGAUAAAUAAGGUAAAUGAACACUUGAAAGACAUAAUGGAACAAGAACAAAAAUCUAAAGAGCAUCACACAGCUGAAGCUCCAGGAGGUCAAAAGUCUCCUUCCAAAUGGUUUUGGAAACUGGUUCCAGCUCGUUACAGGAAGGAACAAACGUUACUUAAGCAACUACCGUGCAUUCCAUUGGUAGAAAAUUUGCUGAAGGAUGGUACAGACGGCUGUGCACUAGCUGCCCUUAUUCAUUUUUACUGCCCUGGUGUUGUCCGAUUGGAGGAUAUUUGUUUGAAAGAAACUAUGUCUUUGGCUGAUAGCCUGUAUAAUCUACAGCUGAUUCAGGAAUUUUGCCAAGAAUACUUAAACCAUUGCUGCCAUUUCAGCUUGGAAGAUAUGCUUUAUGCUGCUUCAUCCAUAAAGAGUAAUUAUUUGGUGUUCAUGGCAGAGCUCUUCUGGUGGUUUGAAGUUGUGAAGCCGUCAUUUGUACAGCCACGUGUUGUUCGUCCACAAGGAGCUGAAUCUGCAAAAGAUGUGCCAUCAGCCCCUGUCUUGAAUGCUGCCAAAAGAAACAUCAUGGAUAGUUCACCUAGUUCUGACUUCACCUCAAGAUAUGCACGUCCCCAGGCUCAUUCUUCAGCCUCAGGAGGAAUUAGAAGGUCUUCAUCUAUGUCUUAUGUUGACGGCUUCAUAGGAACAUGGCCUAAGGAGAAAAGAACAUCAGUGCACGGUGUUUCAUUUGAUAUUUCUUUCGACAAAGACGACAAUGCGCAGAGUUCCACUCCAAACCGAGGAAUCAUCCGCUCUGUUAGCAAUGAAGGGCUUACUCUCAACAACAGCCGUUCAUCCAAACACAUCAGAAAAAAUUUGUCCUUCAAGCCAGUGAAUGGAGAAGAAGAAGAAGGCAUUGAAGAAGAACAUCAUGUAGAUCCUUGUGGUGACCUCAAAUCCUACAUGCCACUUAACACAAAUGAACUAAAUUCUAAUGAGAAUACUCACUACAGGCUUCCCAACGGGGCUUUACAAAAUAGAGUUCUUCUUGAUGAGUUUGGCAAUCAGAUCGAGACCCCAAGCAUUGAAGAAGCAUUACAGAUAAUUCACGACACUGAGAAAUCUCCUCAUACACCUCGGCCAGAUCAGAUCGCUAAUGGCUUCUUUCUUCAUAGUCAGGAUCUGAGUAUUCUCAAUUCAAACAUCAAGCUAAAUCAAUCCAGUCCCGAUAACGUAACUGAUACAAAAGGGGCCUUGAGUCCCAUAACAGACACUACGGAAGUCGACACUGGGAUUCAUGUCCCUUCAGAGGAUAUUCCGGAAACAAUGGACGAAGACUCUUCCUUGAGGGAUUACACUGUUAGCUUAGACUCUGACAUGGAUGAUGCAUCUAAGUUUCUUCAGGACUAUGAUAUAAGAGCCAGCAACCCCAGAGAAGCCCUGAGUCCUUGCCCAAGUACCAUCAGCACCAGGUCUCAGCCAGGGAGCAGUGCUUCCUCUAGCUCUGGAGUGAAAAUGACCAGCUUUGCUGAGCAGAAGUUCAGGAAGCUCAACCAUACUGAUGGGAAAAGUAGUGGGAGCAGUUCUCAGAAAACCACACCAGAAGGCUCUGAACUUAACAUUCCUCAUGUGGUUUCUUGGGCACAGAUUCCAGAAGAAACAGGCCUUGCCCAAGGACGGGACACUACCCAGCUGUUGGCUUCUGAAAUGGUCCACCUUAGGAUGAAACUAGAAGAGAAGAGACGCGCUAUAGAAGCCCAGAAAAAGAAAAUGGAGGCUGCUUUUACUAGACAGAGGCAGAAAAUGGGAAGGACAGCCUUCCUAACUGUGGUGAAAAAGAAAGGAGAUGGGAUCUCCCCUCUUCGAGAGGAAGCUGCGGGUGCAGAAGAUGAGAAAAUAUAUACUGACCGAGCCAAAGAAAAGGAACCACAAAAACUGGACGGGCAGAGGAGCAAGUCUCUAGCAGACAUAAAAGAGAGCAUGGAGACUCCUCAGGGCAAAUGGCUGAAGUCUCCAACCGCGCCUGUGGAUCCCGAGAGGCAGUGGAACCUGGCAAGCCCUUCAGAAGAGACUUUAAAUGAAGGGGAGAUCUUAGAGUAUACAAAGUCCAUUGAAAAGCUAAAUUCAUCCCUGCAUUUUCUACAACAAGAAAUGCAACGCCUGUCCCUUCAGCAGGAGAUGUUAAUGCAGAUGAGAGAGCAGCAGUCUUGGGUGAUUUCACCUCCACAGCCCUCUCCGCAGAAGCAGAUUCGCGAUUUUAAACCUAGACAGGCAGGCCUGUCAUCAGCGGCUGCUCCGUUCUCGUCUGACUCCCCACGCCCCACUCAUCCAUCUCCACAGUCUUCCAAUAGGAAGAGCUCAUCUUUUUCUGUUAAAAAUCAAAGGACUCCAAGGCCAAAUGAAUUAAAAAUAACUCCUUUGAACCGAACCCUGACACCUCCUCGGUCUGUGGAUAGUCUUCCUCGAUUAAGGAGAUUUUCACCCAGUCAGGUUCCCAUUCAGACACGGUCAUUUGUAUGUUUUGGUGAUGAUGGGGAGCCUCAAUUAAAAGAUCCCAAACCAAAGGAGGAGACUAAAAAGGAGUCGUCAGAGUACAAAGGGACAUUGGAACCUUGUGACCAUAAUCCUGGGGAAAAGGGGAUUAAACCUCUUGAAUCAACAGUUUCUGAAGUCUUGUCACAACCCAUCACAGAGACUGUGUGUGUGACACCAAAUGAGGACCAGUUGAGUCAACCCACAGAUCCACCUCCUAAACCUGUUUUCCCACCCACUGCUCCUAAAAAUGUUAAUCUGAUCGAAGUUUCUCUGUCAGAUUUGAAACCCCCUGAAAAGGCUGAUGUAUCUGUUGAAAAAUAUGAUGGAGAGAGUGAUAAAGAGCAAUUGGAUGAUGACCAGAAAGUAUGCUGUGGAUUCUUUUUUAAGGAUGAUCAAAAGGCAGAAAAUGAUAUGGCAAUGAAGCGGGCAGCUUUGCUGGAGAAACGGUUAAGGAGGGAGAAAGAAACUCAGCUUCGGAAGCAGCAGCUGGAAGCGGAAAUGGAGCAUAAGAAAGAGGAGACAAGGCGUAAAACUGAGGAAGAACGUCAGAAGAAAGAAGAUGAGCGGGCGCGCAGAGAGUUCAUUAGGCAGGAAUACAUGAGGCGGAAACAGCUGAAGCUAAUGGAAGACAUGGAUACCGUCCUCAAGCCUCGUCCUCAGGUGGCCAAACCCAAGAAACAGCGGCCCAAAUCCAUUCACAGAGAUCACAUUGAAUCCCCCAAAACACCAAUCAAAGGCCCUCCAGGAUCACGAAUUUACCGUGUUUUUUCAGUCUCUAGCCUCUCUUUGGCAUCGCUGAACACAGGUGAUAACGAGAGUGUUCACUCAGGCAAGAGGACACCAAGGUCAGAGUCUGUAGAAGGCUUCUUAUCUCCAAGUCGCUGUGGCAGUAGAAAUGGUGAGAAAGACUGGGAAAAUGCAUCAACAACUUCUUCCGUGGCUUCUGGAACAGAAUACACAGGACCAAAGCUCUACAAGGAACCUAGCGCAAAAUCCAAUAAGCACAUAAUCCAGAACGCAUUAGCUCACUGCUGUCUGGCUGGAAAAGUAAAUGAAGGUCAGAAGAAAAAAAUAUUAGAGGAAAUGGAGAAGUCAGAUGCCAACAAUUUCCUAAUCUUGUUCCGGGAUUCAGGCUGCCAGUUCAGGUCUUUGUAUACUUACUGCCCAGAAACUGAAGAAAUCAAUAAACUGACUGGGAUAGGCCCUAAAUCUAUCACUAAAAAGAUGAUUGAGGGGCUUUACAAGUACAAUUCUGACAGGAAACAGUUUAGCCACAUACCUGCUAAAACUCUGUCUGCUAGUGUGGAUGCGAUUACCAUUCAUAGCCACUUAUGGCAAACCAAAAGACCAGUCACACCCAAAAAACUCUUACCUACUAAAGCAUAGGAGGCGGGAGAUGCUUGCUUCCGAACUUUUGUGGUAAAUUUGUCCUUCAUCUUUCCUGCCUAUAGAAAAUCUUUCUAAUUGCCAACAAGAUUUUUAUCAAUUAAAACUGGACCUUACCUCUGUUGUUGUGAACAACUGGAAUAUAAACAGUGUUUUGGAGUGCAGAAGAUUCUUCUAGGUGAUAAGGGCAAGUGAUGGAGGAAAUGUUUGGAUUCACAAACAGAGGUUUGUAUGUUACCAGGGUCGCCUGCCUGGUGUUAGAGACCUUGAAGCACUGAAUUCUCAUGGACACAGUGGGACAUAGGCUUGAAAUGUGGCUAGAUGACAAAUUAUGUGUUGUAUUUUUUUUAACCCUAUACAAUGUGUGCACAUCUUGAGAUGGUUUUGUUGUUGUUACUUUUCUCUCUCCUGGGGUUUAUUUUAAGCUGCCUUUGUGUUUUGUCUCAUGUGGAGAUCAUGGAAAUAGAAAGUUCAUAUUGAGAAGAAACUUGCACCUUUCUUAUGAUGUUAUGAGAAACACUAGUGUUAGGUUUUACAGUAGCCCUCAUGUUUUAAUGGUGUUACAGCAUUUGCAAGAAUCAUUCUAAGUAUUUACAUUCUGUAUUUAUUAUUCACACAAGUAUUAACAUUUCUCUGUUAAGUAAGGAAGUGUAAAAAGCUGCUGUUGGGUUCCCUGCAGACCACACAAGCUUACCCAGAGUAUCUUGUAAGAAGCUGCUGAUUAAAUCAGUGCCGUUUUUACACCACUUCUGGCCAACUCAGAAUACUUUAGAUUGUGCUUUUAACAACAAAAAAAAAAAAAGAAAGAAAGAAAGAAAGAAAAGAAAAACAAACAAAAAAAAACCCCACUUUCUAUUUCUUUUAAAGUCCGUCACUUUAUAAGCUGGCCAAAGUGAGUAACACUUGAGUGUCUGUCAGUAUGAAAAUAUAAGGCUUCCUGGGCAGUUCUCAGAGGAGGCCUUUCUAUUUAUAACCAAUAUAGAACUUACACUUAGAGUUUUUAAACACGUACAAAGGGCUACAUUUUGAUUUGAAAGUAGCUUCAUGUUAUUUUAGUUAUCCUGGGUUUUCCUUCUUUUUAAUCUCUUUCCAGUGAAACAGCUUAGGUUAAGGACACACUUGAAAUCUCCUCUGUACUAUCUUUGUUCUUUAGCAAGUAUCCCAGAAGGUUAGUUGGGGAAAACUUCAUUCUCAGGAAAAGACUUGAAUGAUUGAUUGUGUGACCCUGUUAUGUUUCAGUGUUGUGACAGCUGUGUACACUGGGGGUGGGGGAGACAUUGUUUAUAAGUGAGAGAGUAGUUUGUUUUCCUUCAUGGGAUGUGGGGAUGAAAAUAUGUACAUUUCUCUAUUGAGUUGUUUAGAGAGAAAACUCAUGUCUCAUGUGAUGUAUUUACUUAUUUAAAAAGAAGAAUGGAGUGGGAUGUCCCUGAGCUGUACUUUACUAUUAUUAUAAGGCCUUUAGGUAUCAGUGCAUCUGGGUUUGCAACAUUUUCUCAAAUGCUGUCAAUAUUUUACUGUAAUUUAUGUUCUUAUAUUUAUGUAUAUUUGUUAAAACUGUAAAAAAAAUUUCAUGGAUUCUUUUUCCAAAACCUGUGCAAAAUGUAUGUGUAGCUCAAAACUAUUUGUGAUGUACUGCUCGCAUGUGAGAGGCCAGGAUAUGUAACUCUUAUAUUUUAAAUGUAUACAUAUUAUGUAUAUAUGAAUAUUAAAAAUGGGGAAUUUCACAUUUUACCUUUCAGACACCAAUUUUUUACCACAAUUAGAAGAAAGUGGUCAAACAAAUAUAUCUUUAGGAUAAGACUAGUUUAAAAAUUAUGAACAAACCUAAUCAAAACAAGGAGAAUAGUAGACAAAGGAAUUUAAUAAGCAUUUUAUAUUACUAAACAUGGUCUUUCCCCGUGAAAGCAGUCUUCUUGCUGUCAUCUGAGUGUUGAAUAAAGGAAAGUUAGAUGCCAAACAAUGGAAGAGCUAAUGAACACUAACCACACCUGUCUCUGUAUCCAGCAGCUGAACUGAAUGUCUAGUGUCUAAAGGUAGGGUGUGAAUAUUGCCACGAAGCUCAUUGCUCUCAGUAUAUUUUACUUUAUUAAUGCAAGAGGAAUACAGAUAUAUUUCUUUAGACUGCAGAUUUUUUUAUUAUGGUGCAGCUUUUGAAAUUAUGUUUUAAAAUUAUACAAAUGAAAAUAUGCCAUUCCAUAAAGUUUGGAGAUUUCCAUCAACUUCCUGAAAUACAAGCGAUGUCAUCGUUGGAGGUCAAAUCACCAUGAUAAUUAGUCAGUUUAAAUUGCCAAAUCCUUGUCACGGCAAGCAGUGUGGCAUGGCAACUUCUGCUACUUACCACAACUUCUGAAGUUUUUAAUUCCUCUGUUUCUCAGUUUGAUUUUUGGAGGACCAUUGCCGUUUUUAUUUGGCUGUUUAAAGCCAAUCCCCUUCCUCGCUGUGACUUCGUGGACACUGUUGGGCAGUGUGCAGUGUGUGGUGUGCUUCCUGUCCACUUGUGAGCACCGCAGAGGACACGUGCCGUUGGUGCUCUUGGACUUGCUAGUUCCUGGUGCAGUGUAGUGCCCCUUUCAUUUGAAUAAAAGCAUGGCACCAAAUGACUCGGAUUCUUCAAUCAAAUGUGUGAGUGGUCUGGUCUUGUCUGUAAUAAAAUUAUUUGGACUCAGGAGACUGCACUAUGGAGUUUUCCUGUCUCUUAGCCUAUGUUUAAAUUUAACAAUUUGAAUGUUUACUCAUAAGAUGUAAUUUUUAAUAUAUUAAACAUUGUUUGAAUACCUCUC